GUUUGCGGCGAUCCAGGGGACCCUCUCUAUUAUGAAUGUGAUGAACGUUCGAAGAGUUGUUCUGAUCUUCGUUGCUACUACCUAUUAUAGCUAUGCAUAGACAACAAGCCCAAUCAGAAUCGGAGCAGUAAAAAUCUCACCUCAUGUUUUGACGGUCGACUUUCGAGCAUGCAUGUCACAGUUCAUCAGUCCCACUUGAAGCACUCCCUGACACAUACCAGUACGGCACUUAGUUUUACCGUGUCAAAGCCCGAACCCUUUCGUUGUUCAGCUCCUUUAGAUGCCGCCAAAAGGCGGAUAGUUUAACCCCAUUCUAACGCUCACUAUGCCCUGUUUAGGACAAACCAAGGUGGCAUCUCCAACGAAUUUUUGUCCAACAAUCGGCCAGACUGACAAUGGACACCGAGAGUGCGCAACAUCAAGAAACAAAGUCCUGAGUAUUGACGAAUUUGCUGCAUACAACUUUAUUGUAGGGAAGGAAGACCCAUCAGAACCAGCAAAGGUGGAGGACGCAACGCACCUGCUGGAAACCCGAAGGCAGGGUUCCAUUCUGUUCGAAAUUCUUUUGGGUUGACACACAAUACAUGUACGAUUGACACCGUGUUGACGCCACGUUAUUUGACAAAAAAUCCCGAAAGGAAAAGAAACACAACACAACAGCUGCCAUCUAGUAGUUAUCUUUAGCCAGAGCUCCCUCUAUUCAUCAUGGCCAACACGGCUCGACCUCCCAGCUUGCCUCCCAAAGUCCCCUUGGCAUCCCACAAUCCGCCACUCGCCGAUCAUUUGACUCGAUCCACGGCAGCUUUAGCCGCCAUUGCCACGACGCCCACACAGCGAGUGGCAUCCUUCGGAAGCAAUGUCAGUGCAGCGAGUGAUUCUUCGCGAGAUGGUCUUCGACGAGAAAUUUCGCGGCGUCGGAGAUCCUUCACCAGCAGUGAAUUCAACUUUCUACAAGGCAUUGUCGCCAAUGGAACGGAAGUGGAAGUGCUGCUGGUCCAGCAAAAACUCAAUGACCCUUCCCUUGGGUUUGAUGCGCAAGAUGACGAAGAAAAUGUAGUAGGCAGCAACAGUAAGAGUGUCACGACAGCAUCGGAAGACGGUGUUCAUCCGGGAAAGGAGAGUGCUAGUGGAGACCGUACUCUCAGCAGUGGAUCCCUUAGCACACUCCAGCAACAACACCAGCAAACACGGCAGCAACAACAACCAAAGUCACCCCCCGUUGCGGACCUGGCGCACUUGCAGUUGCUAGAACCUACGCUGACCUUGUCUAUGGACAAUGGCAGUUUUGACGUGGAUGCUAGUAUCGAUACAUGUGCCACUGGUCAAGGCAAGCCACCUCCCACACCAAUUCCAAUGUCGCCUCAUCGUGAUCAAGCCACGCUGACCAUACCAAGCCAUGAAGAGCUGUAUCCAGAUAUUCGAAUGCUGAUUGCUAAUGGGGCUUCAGCUGACAAUAGGCAAAUGUCGUUGUCCGAGUUUGAAAAGACACCACUAGUGCAGAAUCUGAGACCUUCAAGGGACCUGGGAGGUGCAGCCCAUUUGCCCAUUCCGGCGAUUGACCAUCCACUCUUUCUCAACGACACUUUGGAGACGCCUGCAGCAAGCAAUACUACUGCUGGCCGUUCGACCUUGCGGCCUGCGGUUUUGAGCCGUCGAUCCAGCAAUCCAAUGGUGGAUCAACUGUGGGUAGCACACGAACAAGGGUUGGUAGUUACACCACAGCAAUCAACGAAACGAAUUCUUAUGCGGCGAGAACAAUCCUUGUCCGCCGCGUCGCCCCUUCGACGAUACUCUACUGUGUCGUCACAUCGAAGCAGUAGUAGCAGGAGUGGCGGCAUAUCGUUGUCCAACAGAGCCAACGCGGCCACUGCAGAUCCUUACGGGAGGUCUCUGCUGAAUCCUCAAGAGCUUCGCAAGAUCAAGCAACGGCACUCCCGAACUCAAAGCCACCAAAUUUCCACAGCAGAACUCCUAUCCUUUCACAUGCUUCCGCCAUGGCGACACUUGCACCAACAGGAUUACAGGGCAAUGGCCAUGGAAUUGCAAAACGCAUCCACCGAUAGCAGCACAACGAUCGAUACACAGGAUAUUACAAGCUUGCUUUUGCCGACGGACGAAGAAAUUUUUCGGCGAUCUCUUGCCGCCAAGCAGCAAACAACAACAACACCCCAGAAAUGGUCCGUCUCAGAACGUCCUCCACCACCACGGCCUUUUGCUGCGGCUGGUAGCACCAGCAACAAGGAACCACUUGUGACCAAGAGCAUCGGUGUCCUACCGACCGCCUCAAGUGGAGUUCCCGUGGCACCCAAUGGCAUGAGACGCAUGGUGUCCGAUGGUGGCGCGGCCGUCACUAGACGCCCUAGUGCCCUUCGACGCAUGACCUCGGAUAGUUCGCGCAAGUCUGUCUCGUUUCAGAUUCAGGACGAAUUGAAGAAGCAACUCGAGGCAACCGUGAACGAAGAAGGAACGUCACAUACUGCUUCAAUCUUGCCGUAUGUUGCAUCGGUAGGUUCCACUGAAAUGGAUGAAUCUGCUACUACGUUUGGUUCGGAGCAUCCGGUUGAAGAAGUGCUUAGAGAGGCCGACAACAAGCAGCGAGUCAGCGAUGUGAGCACUCUCUCGGUGAACAGUAUUCCUCAGUGGGGCCGUCGUGACAGUCAGGCUAGUAUUGCAUCCCUCAACCUUCAUCAGGCAAAGCCUAUUCGCCAGGACUCGAUUGGGUCAACAGUGGAAGGAUGGGAAGCCUCCAAAGCCUUUCAAGAGGGAUUGUCAACGCCUGUUGAAAUCCAGUACACUCCUUAUGGCAACAACAGUGCUGAACCGCUCCUCAUGCAUUUAGCAACUCGUCCUGUUCGCCCACUUCAACCCAACACCACUGCAGUCGAUGGAAUCGAGGCAUGCAAGUCUUUCCUGCGAGAUCUGGCGUCGAUACCGGUAGCGCCAACGCCUGAAGCAACCAACGUUUCACGAAACUGGGGUCGUCGGGAUAGCAAUGCGUCUCUCAACCUGCACCUAGCGAGACCCAUUCAGCAUGAAUCUAUAGCAUCUACGCGAAGUGGCGCAGAUGCUAUGGAGGCCUUUCAAAAGCAGUUUGAUGCACCAGCGUGGGGACGUCGAGACAGCAUGUGCAGCCUUGCGUCUUUGAAUCUGCAUUUGGCAGGUCCAAUACAGGAGUCCAUAUUCAAACGUCAAGAUUCCUUGGAUUCCGUAACUGUGGCUGAUGAGUCCGGUGCUGUGGAAGAAGCCUUUCGGCCCACCGGAUGGGCGAGACGAGAAAGUAUGAGUAGCAUUGCAUCUCUCAAUUUGCACCGAGCACACCCCAUUCGGCAGGAAUCGCUCAACAGGUUUGGGAGACGUGACAGCACAAAUAGCUUGGCGUCUCUCACAUUGCACAGAGCCCAUCCAAUGCGACGAGAUUCCAUGGCAUCCACCGCCGAAGGCACAGAUGCUCUCGAAGCAUUUCGAGAACAAGUCUCCACGGAGAGUUGGGGUCGACGGGACAGCACUAAUAGUGUCACUUCGCUUGCCCUACACAAAGCUCAUCCAAUCCGUCAGGAAUCGAUAAUUUCGAAUGCUGAAGGAUGGGAGGCUGCGGAAGCCCUUCAAAACGAAUUCCAGGCGGCGCCUGAUAUAUUGAAACCGUCAUGGGGACGUCAAGAGAGCAUGGGAAGUGUAGCAUCCCUGAAUCUUCACCACGCUCACCCAAUCUUGGCUGCAAACAGUGGUGCUGCCGCCAUUGAUGUUCUGCGGAACGUUGGGUCUGCCUUUUCUGAUGCCGACUUCGAAGCUUCUCUUCGCAGUAUCCCGCCAGGUCAACCUUUUGGUGAAGAAUCGAUCAUGUCAACUGCGUCAGGCAGGGUGGCGAGAGAAGCUCUUGAACAGACGAUCAAAGACGCAAACAACGAAACAUUAAGGGAAGCAUCAUCAGGCACCGCUUUGAGCUCGGUCAGUGACAUUGCCUCUUUGCAAAGGACGUCUUUGACCAGUAUUCCUUCAUUGCAUCCUGCUCGCCCGAUUCGGCAAGAUUCCAUCGCUUCCACUGCAACGGGGCGAGAAGCCAAGGAGUUGCUUCGUCAGCAGCUGUCGCCGGCUUCCAUCGUUGCGUCGCAAUGGGAAGGAAUUGUGUCACCCGAUGAAUGGGAAGACAAGAAGAUGGAGGAUGAAGAUAUGAUAAUAAAACCCAAAGGAGUGUCCCGUCCAGUUAUUGUUCGGCAUGCCAGUCAGAAUGAAUAUGACGAGGAAGGAAUGGAGGUUGCUCCCGCCGAGGACGAAAAAGAACCGCAAAUGAAGCUAAAAACUCAAAUUCUGGUACCGAACCACCCUUACAUGCCGAUUGACGUUCAAAGAGAAGAGUUGCCGGGGGAGGAGAAAAGUGAAAGGGUAGUGUCGCCCGAAGGGCGUCGCCGCCAGGACGGGUACCGUCAUUUCCCGAGUAGUCUGGUUUCAUUUGGGGGUGAAUCAAGAAAAAGCAUUGUUACCAUUGAAGCGAGCGCAUCCUUCGAUGAAAGCAAAAGCAUUGAUCGCAUCGAUCGCUACCGGGGGGUCUUUCGAGGAGAGCUCCCGCGUAGCAUAUCGGAAGACGAGCUCUCGACAUUGUUCCUGCCCCACUGCAAACCCAAGCCACUAUCGCGUGGACAAAGCGAUGCAACGAACUUUGCGGCAGACCUUACUAGCAAUUCCUGGGAACUGGAUACAGUCGUGGGAGAAUAUGACGCGUGGGAUGCCAUUCGAGACGAGUAUAUCAAUGGGUAUGGUGGUGGAGGGACGCUUCCUUUCCGAAUCUUGGGUACAAGUGCCAGAGAUGUCGAUGCAAUGCCGCACGUUCUAUCUCCACCAUUGAUGGAAAGUCUACAAUCCUUCUUCCCAACUUCGAAAACCCACGAUAACUUCUGGUUGAAGUAUUCUAUGGUUCGUGAUGGCGCAUCUCUGCAUACGCUGAUGCAACAUGCAAGAGGUGCCAAGUAUUCGGUCCUAGCUCUGGAGACCACGGACGGAGAAGUGUUCGGAGCGUUCACCGGAGAGCCCUGGCGUAAAACUUGGAACUACUUUGGCACCGGGGAAAGCUUCCUUUGGCGCAUGAGGAAUUCAAGAAAGACGAAGUGCCAUUCUAUCAUUGACCAGGCACAAAUGGAGAGUGAGAUAGAUGUCUACCCCUACACCGGUGCGAACCAGUGCAUUCAACUUUGUACGCACAAUAAGAUUGCUGUUGGGGGUGGUUCACCAGAGCACCCCUUGGAUGAGGAAAAACGUGACGACAACAAUGACGACGACAACAGCGCAGACAAACCAGAAGAAAUCCAAGAUUUUGAAUUUGGAUAUGGCCUGGCAAUGCAAAGUGAUCUCCUCCAUGGUACCAGCUCACCCUGUGUAACGUUUGGAAGCCCAUCACUCUCCAUGAUCCAUCGGGAUGGCUCACUUUUUGAGAUUACCAACAUGGAGCUCUGGACGCUAACUCCAUGCUGGAACGAAACUGAGGCCGAGAAGCUGGAGUUGGGGAGGAUGUUUCUGGAGCAGCCAUCUUUCAAUAAUGGAACGUUUGAAUGAUCACCAGCAACAACAAGCAAUGUAAUCCCACUUCCAUGAACUAUAGUGAGGACGAGCGUAAAGACUAAAUAUAUAAUAACUGCCAAUGUUGUAUUUUGUUG